AUGCAGUCUCGGCAGUUGGUUAAUUAUCCCGAAGCAAAGCGAAUAACAAAGGCAGCAGCAGAAGAAAAGCUGUUUCCUUUGUGGAUAGAUUUGCAGCUGCUGCGCUUAGAUGAGACUUGCGGCGUUUGUCUUGGAGACUUCAGCGACGACGUUCCUGCUGCUGCUGCUCCUGCUGCUGCUGCUCCUGCUGAUAAUGAUGAUCCUGCAGCAGCUACUGCUGCUGCAGCUGCAACUGACAAUGCAGCAGGUGGUGAUGCUGCUGCUGCAGGUGCUGCUGCUGCCUUGGAAGGGGAAUCUUCUGCAGCAUCAUCAUCAUCAUCAUCAGCAGCAGCAGCAGGAGCAGCACCAGGAGCAGCAGCAGGAGAAGAUGUUGUAUUAUUAUCUGAUUCGGAUGAAGGCGAGAGCGUAGACCCUCUGCAUGCAGUCGGUUUACUAUCGGGGUGUCUAGCGGGAUAUGCAGAGAUGCACAGAGCAGACGGAUAUCCUCAAGCCGAAUAUCGGCUGAGGGGCUGCUGCUGCCCCCGAGAAGCAGAAGACAGACACAAGCUUCUUCGUCUCCUGCUGCUGCAGAUUCUUCUGAUGCUGCAGACCAGCAGCAGCAGCAGCAGCAGCGGGAGGCGCUGGUGCAGCGUUUGUCUGAUGCUGUUGUACAAAGAAUUAACAGAAGAGGCAGACGCAGCUCCAGAAGGGAUAAUGCAGCAGCAGAAAGCAGCAACUCACCUGCAAGAACAGCAGCAAGACGCAAGAGAAGAACGGCAACUGCAGCACCAGCAGCAGCAGGAAGUCGUAGGCGAGGAAGAACACAGCAGCAGCAGCAGCAGCAGCAGCAGCAGCAGCAGCAACAUUCUGAAGAUGAAACCUCUUCAGAUUCUUCCUCCGGCGAGGAUUCCGUUGUGGUUGUUCACCCUCGCAGACAGUCCUGUUGCUGCAGCUUCUUCUUCUCACUUUCCUGCUGCUGCUGCUGCUGCUGCCUCUUCUUCCUCCUCAGCAGCAGCAGCAGCAGCUGGAGGAGGAGGAGCAGCAGCAGCAGGAGAUCGUAUGUCUUUGCUGCUGCGGCGUAAGCUGGAGAUAAUAAAACAAAGACAAGAAAGAAGAGAAGCGCUGCGCCUCAGAAAGCGGAUUAAAGUUAUUGAAAGAAAUGCUGUUGUUGUUAGCAGCGGCCGCAGCAUCUGCGACUCCACAGGAGCAGACCUAGUAGAGGAGCUGCUGCUGAUGCAUGCAAGAGACAACAAACAGCAGCAGCAGCAGCAGCAGCAGCGACAGCAGCAGCAGCAGGUAGCUGCUGCUGCUGCUGCUUCUCCUAAGGAACAAACCCACACAACACAAGAGAUGAAUCACACAAACAACAGCAGCAGCUACAGCAACAGCAACAGCAGCAACAGCAGCAGCAACAAUAACAACAACAGCAACAGUAGCAGCAGCUACAGCAGCAACAGCAGCAGCAGUAGCAGCAGCAACAGCCGCAGCAGCAACAGCAGCAACCCUCGCCUCACAGACACUGCAGCGGAAACAAAACGCACAGCAACUACACCCAUAGACAAACUCCGCAUCCAGCAGCAGCAGCAGCAGGACCAGCAGCAGCAGCAGCAGCAGCAGGAGGAAGCAGAGGAUGGUGAAGUAUAUGAUUAUUUUUGUGAGGGAGGAGAGCAGUCUCCGUUGCCUCAAGAAGAAAGAGAGACAGCAGAAUCUGCUGCUGAUGAUUUUCUAAGGGCACAAAUUUUGUUAGAUAUCGACAGGGAAAGAACUCGCAGAGCUGUACAGACACCAGACGCUCCUGCUGCUGCUGCUGCUGGUGCUGGUGUAGGUGGUGCAGCAGCAGAAGCAGCAGCAGCAGCAGGGAGAAGCAGAAGCAAACCUAAUGAAGCGCAAGAAAGACAAGAAGAAGCAGUAAUAAAAGAGGCAGCAGCAGCAGCAGCAGCAGCAGCAGCAGCAGCAGAUUCAGACCAUGCUGCUGCUAUGGGGGCCCCCUGGGGGCCCCCUGAUAGUGAGAGGGGCCCCACACAUCAUCGAAGAAAGGAGAAGCAGAAAAAACAAAUAAAGUUAAAGCCUUCGCAGUCUCUUGUAGACCUAGUGAAGGCUUACAUGCUGCCCUUUAUGAAGAGCCGACGUAUUAAUGGGUCUGAGGCUUACAAAGAAGAAUAUAAACAAAGAUGUCGCAGUAUCAGCGAGGGCCUCACGCUUUCUGAAGAAAGCCUGUUGCGUCUUCUUACUAAGGAAGAAAUCGCUAACUACUGGCGAAUCAACUUCGUCAAAAUUCAAAAUGCUGUCCAACAACACUUUGAAGAUACACUUCAAUAA